AUGGACUUCAUCAUAGAACUACCAGAGAGCAGGGGCAAGACAGCCAUCUGGGUGGUCACAGACCUCUUCUCCAAGCAAGCGCACUUUGUGGCGUGCAGACAGAUCCCCACAGUGGAGAAGCUGGCACAGCUGUUCAUACAGCAGGGUGAGAACCACCUGAAGCGAUGCCAGCAGGAGGCUGAGGAGGUGACAGAGAUCAUGCUAGACAACUUCACCAAGGUGUUGGACCGUGAGGGCAAGCUUAGUGACCUGGACGAGCGGGCUGAUGAGCUUCGUAAACAGAGUUCUGCCUUUACCAAGACAGCAAAGACACUGGCCCAGAAGAAACGCUGGGAUAACAUGAAAUUCAAGAUCAUCCUGCUGGCUGUGGCUGUGGUGGCUAUCCUGCUCAUCAUCCUAGCCAUUGUCCUCUCCUUCACUCUCUCUGGAUCUGGGAGCCAGGUGGCACCAGCAAAGACCAGCGCUGGUGGUGACUGAGCGGCUGAUCAAGUUCACUCUGGAAUCAUCUCCCCAACACCAACCUUCCAGGGGUUCGGGGCAUUCAAGAGGUUAUUUGGGGCUUUGGCAGGACCUGGCAGUAGCCUUGACCACUUCAUCU